AUGGCGGGAGCUCCGGUGAAAUUGGGUUCAUUAUUAUCUUUUGGUAUUGUUCUCUAUGCGAUAUAUUUCCGUAAAAAUGACAUAGGAGAUGUGAGAUUAUCGCCUGUGAAGGAACAUUUACUGUUUUUGGAAAGUCAGAACAAAGUUGGCAUUGGACUUUCUCAACCUAAAGUGGCUUUAGGUUAUGGAGCGUGCCACGAUUUAUUUGUAAACGCGACGUCGUUCUUAAAUUAUCAAGAUCUAGAGGGCCAACCUGAACACUUUAACGAGAUCACAAAUAAAAAAGAGUUUGUUAAAAGUUUCACCUAUUUCUUUAAACAUGGUGCGGCUGCUGAGAGAUUCAUGUCCAACAGUAAACUAUAUGAUGAUCUUGUUGAACAAGCCCUAAAAUUGCCAGACACCAGGUGGGCAAUUGGUGGAAAUGCACCACUAAUGGCAAAAAGAUUCUUCAUAGAAGGGUGGAAGGUGCUGUUUGGGGCUAAAAUGAGUAAAAAACUGAAAACAUACAUUCCAGAUGAAAUAUUAAUUGUGGGAGAUGAAGAGAACGAAGAAGUAAGGGACGAUGUCCACAUGAUACUAGAGUACAAAGCUGAUGAAAAGUUUGGUAAUUAUAAAGCACCAAGAGCCAAUCGAUAUAUAAUGCACAAUGAUGAGAACAAUCCCUUGUUAAGUUCUUUAGAGAAACUGGGUGAAUAUUUGCCGAAUUUCAAACCGAAUUUACUAGUCAUAAGUGGUCUUCAAAUGAUGGAUAACUUUCCUUUUAAACAAGAAGGCAGAGACUUAAGAGCAGAAAGGUUAGAUUUAGUGAAAGAACAAAUUUUAUCCCAGCCGCUGAAGACAUUAGCUCAUUUUGAAAUGGCAAGUUAUGUGGAUCUAGAAUUAUUGCAACACUUAACCACAAAAGUACUGCCAUAUGUUGAUUCUGUGGGUAUGAAUGAACAAGAACUCUCAAAUUUAAAUAGUGUUUUGGAGCAUGGUCGAGUUGUGGUUGUGGCAGACUCCAAUCCUAGAAUAGCUACAGCCCUUGAUCAAAUGAGAAGUACAUUCCGGCUAAUAAGAGAGAAAAAUAAAUUAUUUAGUAGUACAAGAAAAUUGACACGAAUGCAUGUACACACGUUAGCCUACCAAGCAAUAUUAACAGUUCAGAACUCUGAAUGGAAAAGGACAGCGGCGGCUGCCGCCAAAGCGUCGCUAACCGCACACAGAUAUGUUUGCAAUACGCAGAAUAUUAAUCUGGAAAAGACAAAGCUCCUACUCGAUGACAGUUUCUCAACCACCACUGACAAUGAUAACACCAGUCGAGUAUUUUUUGAGCCAAACAAACCAGUAGCUUGUUGGCAGGAGUUGAUAGAAGGAGAUAAAGUAGAAAUAUGUGUUGCACCAGUUCUCAUUUGUACAGAGGCACAAUUGACUGCUGGCGCUGGAGACAACAUUUCAGCAGCGGGAUUAGUUUUACAAGUUGAAAUA